GGCCACCAGUACAAUUUCAAACCUGUGCCUCAGUCCCCGUGUGACCAACCGGACCCGAUUUGGGGCGGUUAUAAGUACGCCUCCUUCACGAUGCUAUGGGAGUGAACGUUGCCACAGAACGAUCCUUCCGCUAGCCAAUCAUACAGGGGGAUGGUGUAGGGACGAAUGGGUCUAAUGUUACAAGUUUGCAGAUUCCGGCGCGACUGUACAAUGAGGCGUCUUGACGCCCUCCAGUCUACAGAGGUAUAUGUAUGGCACUCAAUGUCCGAGUCUAAUCUCGAGCAACUCCUGCAUGUCCUUCAUUCUCUGAUCAAAACACAUUUCCAUCACUCAGCCCAGAUCCAUAGUCACCGCAGCACGAUCUACGCCAUGGAACUUUGGUUCUCUAAGACGUCACUCCUUGGAGUUGUGCUCACCAGCGCUUUCACAUCCGCUCUCGUCAUUCCCAGAGGCCAUCAUGAUUCAGUCCCUGCGUCAGAUGUCUACAAAGGUGGUGACCAAAACCACUACCCUUCAGAGAGCCAUGGUUCUGGAUAUUCUUAUCCGACAACCAUGGCCAGGUCAUCUGAUAUAGGUCUUCAGACUUCGAGUACGCCGUGUGCCACUUCUUCGACUGCGACAGUGACAGUCGUUGGCUCGAGCAUCGCGUCACUCGCCUUGCAAACUGGUCGUUAUCCUAUAAGCGAUGGUAGCACGAUAUAUGGUCAAGGGAACCAUGAUAACGUCAACUUCCAAUAGCUAACAUGAUGACAGGCUAUCCUACAAACCCUUCGCCGAGCCCGAUCGUGUUGAGCAGUACCAUGAUUCGCCCCACUGAACCGACUGUACCACCUCCAGAGAUCCCGGCUAUAUCAGGGUAUUCUUCUAU